AUGUGUACGAAUACGUCGCUAUUCAGCAUCUUCAAAAACUGUCGUUUAAUUUUAGAACUUUGUUUAGCUUCAUUGUUUGGAUAUCAUCAGUUGCGUAGUCCUAGUGCAACUUUUCAAAACUCUGGGAAAUCCGGAAAAUGAAGCUGGGCACCAUCAGGCGUAAACAUAUAUCAUUUUCAAUGGCUGUUACCUUUUCCUUUCUUGCUGCUAUUUCCAAUAUUAUUGGAUUUGUUUCACCCUUCUGGAUUGUUUCAAAAUCAGAGUCAAAUCUCGGUUUUCAAAGGCUUGGUUUGUGGGAAGUUUGCUUUGAGCAGUUUAUCUUCCCAGAAGACUAUGUAUCUAAAGCGUAUCAAGGAUGUUGGUAUAUAUAUUAUCCAGAAUACAAAUAUAUCAGAUUCUGGUUAAAUCCACCAUGGUUCUAUCUUGUUCAGAUAUUAUCAAUCAUAAGUUUAAUAUGCAAUUUAGCUGGAUUGUUAAUGAUAAUUCUUGUCUUAUGUGAAGUUUAUGGAACUAAAGAAAAAAAGCCACAUUUUGUUGUAAUGGGAUUACAAUCUGUUGCUCUUGCUUGUUUUGUUGUCGUUAUAAUACUCAUGGGAGUUAUGAGUAAAGAUCGCGAAUGGCUACCAAGACCCGAUUUAAAUAUGCUAUCCUGGAGUUUUGCAUUCGCAGUACUAGCUGGAUUUUUCACAAUAUUUUGUAUUUUUGGAUUAGUGACACAUUAUUUGUCAGUAGAAAGCAAACGUUUCAUGCAAGACCCAUUAUUAAGACAAAAAUUUCUAGGAACUAAUCCGUAUUAUACGUCACAAAGGAAUAUUUCGUAUUAUGAUGGUAAAGCAGCAGCUACUGAGUCAAAAAUUGGAGGUGCCGGAACAGUCCCUUCACUUUUUACAACAAUACCUUCUACAUUUGUUAGCUAUCAACCUGGAUCACAAAUUGGUCCCACUAGUACAUUAAUGGCACCUGGAAAGUCAAGUAUUUUAAGUCGUGGUACAAUCGCUCCAGGUGCCGUAGGAGGUACUGUAGCUGGAACAUCGGGAGCUACAGUAUCGGCUAAACUUAGAGAAUCACUAGAGGCUCAACGAAUUGCUGUUUUAGAAGCGAAUUUACGGGCUGCAGAAAGUGAAUUAUUUCAAAAUGCAGAGAAUGCUCAUGGUCCCACUUCAACACAAUCAUUGUAUAAUCCAAAUAUAAGAUCAGAACCAAGAUAUGAAGACACAAUGACAAGACAAACAGAACGUUUAGGUUCUACCACACAUUUGCGAUCAAAUGUUGCUAUGGAUUCGGCUGUAUAGUUAAAUAUUCAUUUUAUUACGUUGUUAGAUUCAUUUUUCAACUUUAUUUGUGGUUGUUUGUAGUUCUAAAGUAAAUUUAUUUUAUCAC